AGUGGUGUUCAGUGUUUUUAGUACACAGCUCUUUGUCGCAUUUACUUUGUUUAUUUCAUUUUAAUUUUUGCUAUUUUAAAGAAAAAUCUCUAGGAACGCUAUAAUGUCCGACGAAGAAUUUGGCAUUUGCCCUUUUAAUAGCAGUCAUCGCAUUGUUCUUUAUCGUAUGCCAGCCCAUAUAGUAAAAUGUCGCAAAAAUUACUGUGGACCACCAUUGGAACAGUGUAUUUAUAAUGCUACUCACUAUGUACCCAUGGGUACUAUGCAAAGUCAUUUGCAACAAUGCAGAGAUUGUUAUCGUUUUAAUCAAACAAAAUAUGUGGAAAUUGCUGCAAAAUCCAUAAAACAAGAUGUUUAAAUAAUAAGACUUGAUGCGAUGGAGCUUCACCCUUUUUACUUGACUUUAAUAAGAAAAUGUAAUUUCAUUAUUUUUUUUUUUUUUUUAAUUAAACAUAAGAUUAAUGUUACACUUAGUUUUAAGUUUCUGUUUUAUGAAAAAUGAACUCUGACAAUAAAUACGAUAAACUUGGAAUAAAAAAUUAUUUUAUAAAUAAAAAUUUAA